AUGAACGCAAACUAGAUGUUUGUUGUUUCCAACAGAUUGUCAAGUCACGUACGCCGAAAAGUUGUGUUUAGUACCAUACGUACAAGAAGUUCUUGUGAAUUGUUAACAGGAGUAAAAUAAAACGAUUUGAGUGCUGAUAUCGUUUAGUUUCUUUGUGUUCUAAAGGAAUUUAAACAUGUCAUCUACAAAAUCAAGCGUAGAUGAUCUUGGAGAAUCAUGGGUUGAUGUUAGUGUUGGAUCAAUAUGUGGAUCCCAAGGAAGUGCUACCCCAGGAUCUAUUACCCAUACAAUUUCUGUAGAAGACUAUUUAAAACUACUCAGAGAAGCUCAAGAAUCUAACCAAUCAUCUGCUCGAGUUUCCUUGGCAGGAUCAAGACGAGAUACCCCAAGAAGCAGCCCAAAAUCUCCACCAAAUAGCCCAGUACAAGGCCCUGUUAUGAACCUUGAAUGGCAAAACUAUUAUAUCAACUCCGAAGGUAAAGAGGAUUCGUCUGACUGGAGUAGUCGUCCUGCCUCCCUGCCUCCAAAGAAUUGGACCUUCCGUCCCCACAACAGAGAUCUCAGUAUUCGAUAUGCACGCUUUGGUAAAAAUAGUAUUUUUUCGCGUAAAGGUCUUUGCACUUUAUUCCUGACUAACCUCGUAUCCCUUCUACUUGGAACAGGAGUGGGUUUAUGGUUGAGUAAGCACGGAUUUUUUGUUUCAGCCAUUAAAUUUCGUUAAACAAAAAUAUAAUGGUCAGUGUUCCAAGUUAUGUUUAAUUUUUUAUAUGGCUUUUUUUUUGUUUUCUGUUUAAAGUGACCUAACAUACAGAUGAUUUUGUCACGUGAUUUUGAAAGUAUAACGUACACUAUAUAUAUAUAUAUAUAUAUAUAUAUAUAUAUAUAUA